UUGGUUCCCACAAACACACAAGCCCCAAAACACCCGUGGCCUCUCAUCCUUAAUAUUGCCCCUACACUCCAUAUGAACCCUCACUCUUUCUCUCUCGCUGCCUUCAUUCAUCAUCAUCAAUAAAUACCAACCAUCACUUCUCACCACCACCACUACCUCUAGCUACUUGUUAGUUUUUCUCUACUCUGUUUUCUUAUCCAUCCUUCACUUGCUUUUGAGAUCACACAUCCUCUCUUAACUUCUCUAACUAUUAAAAAUGGCAAUUCAAAGGAAAUCAAGCAAUAAGCUUCAUCUGAAGCAAAUCCUGAAGAGGUGUUCAAGCUUAGGCAAGAAAAACGGUGGCUAUGUCGACGACUAUGGUCUCCCUCUUGAUGUCCCAAAAGGCCAUUUUGCUGUUUACGUUGGGCAGAAAAGAAGCAGAUACAUUGUCCCAAUCUCCUUAUUGUCUCAUCCGCAGUUCCAAUCCCUUCUCCGACAAGCUGAAGAAGAAUUCGGCUUCGAUCACGAUAUGGGUCUCACUAUUCCUUGUGAAGAAGUUGUUUUCCGCUCCCUCACUUCAUCAAUGCUCAGAUGAUGAAUCAAAUCAAACUAAGGACUACUUGUUUGGAAUUGGCUCAGCUGCUUGAUGAAGAUCCCAGGUGACCACCAAGAUGAAGCUGCUUGCUUCUCUUUUUUUAACAUCUCGAUCUCUUCAUCGCAGCCACCCAUUCUAGUUCUCCUUGUUCCAGGAUCUACUCUUUUUUGUCCAUUUUUUUUCUUUGGUUUUGUUUCGAACCCCUGUUUGGGGUUUUUUUUUUCUAUGAUUAUGUGACUAACUUUUGUCCCCACUAGCAUUUGGUGGGGUGAAAAUUGUAUAAAGGGUUUGAGAUUUUCAUCACAAAGGUUCCGUAGUAUAUGCCCUGAGAUUGUAGUUAGUUCUGUUCACGAAAGCUGGGAAUUAGUUGUUGGUUAUUGCCA